CUUCUGGCUCUGAUGCUGCCUGGGGUUGCUUUUGAACUGUUGCUGUUUUGCCCUGGGGAAGGAGGUUUUGCGUGGUCUUUUUGCUUGGCCUAACCCCCUGCCAGCCUCCGUUGCUACAUAUUUUUGCCGGACUUUGUUGCUGCAGCGUUCCCCAGUUGAUCUUCUACUUCUGGCAACCCUACCACAGAUCAGUUCGGUCCUCUUCACCGCUCUGUCUAUAUCUGUCUGCUCUGCACCCCUUUAUACGGCGACCAGCACGUACAGCUGCUUAUACCUCGGUAUCUCUUGAAUGUCCUCUCCCCCAGUGUCCCAGCUGCAGGAAUGCCAUUUGAUUGUGCUAUCCCACGGGUUGUGGGGCACCUCUGACCAUUUUAGCUACCUCGAGGAAUUGCUGCAAGAGAGCCUCGCGGCAGCCUACCCGGAGAAGCGGUUUGCGAUCUACAAAACCAAGUCGAACGAGAAGUUCAAGACGUACGACGGCAUCGACCUCUGCGGCGCCAGGGUCGUGGACGAGAUCCUGGAGGAGACGGCUCAGCUCAGAACGAGAGACGGGCUUCUCGUCACUGAGUUCUCCCUCAUCGGCUACUCGCUUGGUGGGCUCAUUGCCCGCUUCGCCAUCGGAAUGCUCACCUACAGAAAGUACUUCGAAAGCAUCUCCCCGAUCAACUUCGUCACCUUCUGUUCGCCGCACGUGGGCGUGUUGACCCCGGGAGACUCGCUGAGCAUCAAAUGUUUUAACAACAUGGUGCCGUAUCUUUUGGGCAACAGCGGCAAACAUAUGUUUUUGAAAGACGCCGUCCACCUAGAGCACUCGGACGAGAAGGUUCCCUUGCUCAAGCUGAUGGCCACGGAGAACUCGAUCUUUGUCCAGGGCUUGAAGAAAUUUAAAUACCGCUCUCUAUACUCAAACAUCAGAGCAGACAUCCGGACCUCCUGGUGGAGUUCUGGGAUUUCCUACAUCAACCCGUUUGAGAUCUUAGACAAAAACCCCGAGGUCUUGAUAGACCAUGACGGGUUCAUUAACUUCGCCAACGGCUCAAAAUUUGAGUUGUCCUUCCUUGACGCUUUUGCUCCAAUCAUCCUAGACGUCAACAAACCAAUCAAGUUUACUGGUUUGAUCAACUACGAAAAUGAAAAGAAGCUGGCAAAAUACGCCCAGGUGGCAAAACAGGAGGAGGAUUAUUUGAAAAACUUCUUUUACCGAAAACUCAAGUGGCUGAUCUUGCUCUUUAACACCUUUAUCUAUGUGCCAAUGUGGAUGACUUGGUUCGUUUUGUUCAACGUCCUACAGCUCUUCACCUCUUUUUUCAGAGUCACCAGAGAGUCCUCUAGGCUAAAAGAUAACUUCUGCAUCUACAAUAUUGUAGACCAGGUCGCAACAACUGUCUCAAACGCUAUUCCAAUCCACUCUGCAUCUUCGACGCCUUUGCUAAAGCCCACUCUGUCAAGAUCUCUCAGCGAGGGGUAUAGCAACGAACUCAACAAGCUCGAAAACGAUCUCCACGACCAAGGAGAUUUUUUCUUAGACUCCGUGUUCGAUGCAAUCACAUCUUCGAACAACAUGAAUCAGUCUAUCUUCAACCAACAAUCCCAAGGUGAUAAAACUUUGGUCACAUCCAUCAGUAAGCUUUGCUCAAUACCAAUAGACGAUAUCACAGAUUGGGAAAGCGACUACAAGUUAUUAGGGAAAACAAAGAAAGAAGCCUUCGAAUACUACCAGGUAUUGGAGUCUUUCAGAUUAAACAUGUCUCCCCACCAGAGGGAAAUCAUUAAGAAUUUGAACCAGCUUGAAUGGUCCAAAUACCCAAUCUACAUCACGAAAACAAACGCAACUCAUGCAGCUGCAAUCGUGAGACACGAAGACCCAACUUUCGAAGAAGGGAAAACAGUGAUCAGACAUUUCUGUGAACAGGUGUUCAAACUGGACUAAUUUUACUAUCACGUCUAUAGAUAUUUUAACAACACUUUCUACUUCUUUCUUUCAAGAUGUGUCUUUCUUUUCGAUAAUUUUUCUUUCCAUCUCAUUGUGUAAACUCCUUUAUGAUAUUGCCAACAUCGACUUUCACCAAACAUGCCUUUUUGUAGUCACCAAACACUGAGCAUAUGAGCUUACUUUGUGGAAGUUGGAAACACCCAUUCCUUACAUCAACAACCCCAGUGAAAUUCAUCUCAAUAUCACGUGCAACAACCUGGAAUAAAUCUUUGCUGCCUUCAACACCACCUUCAAUAACUGAAGGUUUCUUUGGCUUAGGAAACUCAAAAUUCUCCAUCCCAGCGGUAAUGCCCACUCCGAGGUACUUGCAAAAACUUUCUUUCAAGGCCCAAAUCUGCGUGAGCCUUUGUAAUUGUUCAUCAUAAGUAAGAUCACCAAAUGAUCGAUCCAGCUCUAGAAUUUCCUUC